GCUAACAGCUAAGAAAUCAACUAUCCCAAGGUGUUUUAGUUAUUUCUGGGAUCCAGAUUUGAACCAUCUUGGGUUGUUUGGUGUGGUGUGAUGAGAAAGGGCUUCACCAUUGCUCGGUGUCCUUGCAGGUGCUCUGGUCCUUCUUGCUGUAAAAAGAGCGACUGUCUCUCUGCUUCCACGUGUUGUUCCCCUCAUCCCUCAGCAGCCAGGAGCUGCUUGGCCAGCAGGAGCUGAGCUUCUCCAAACUCCAUUUUGUUGCUGUGGUGCAGGUACAAGUGAUGGUCACUUGGAUAAUGGGUCAGAAAAUGCAGACCCCUGGUCUGGUGACCUUCACUACCCUGGUUGUGUUUGUAAGCUCGCUGUUUCAGUGGGAAUGCUGAGGAUAAACACUUUGAAACUUAGAGUAUAAUAAGCUUCUGUCUGUCUGUUUGCAGUGUAGAGGGAAAUACAGGUAUUUUUCAGUUAAGAGCCUAUGGAGAUUAAACCCAGCUUUUUUUCUGUUUGCUUAAAGUACAUAUACACUUAGGAAUGGAGAACUAAUCCAGAACAACUCUUCUGAUUCCCAUCCACCAGGUAUUGCUGCAUCCUGGCUUUAGAAGUUGCACUUGCCCUACAUGAAUGUUUUUUUUAUACCUUACACUGCUUUGUUGUUAUGACUGUUCGGUGCAGAUUUUAUGCCUCACCUCAGCACUUGGGGGUUUUCAUUUGCAGCAAGAGCUUUUUAUUUGUAUUUGAUAGUCGUGCGUGGGUGUGCAUUGACUGUCUGAGCUUCCUUGAGAUAAUCCAGUUACAGGCAGCAACAGCAGGAGCUUCUCAGUUGGGCCUAAAAGUCCAGCUGAGUCUGUGUACAUUGCCAUGGGACCACUGACAGGAGCAGCAGGUAAUCCUGGGAUACAGGCACCAUCCCAUCAAAAAAGAUCACAGCAUUUCAGGCACCCUGUAGGAGUCUUCAGGUUUGGAUGCAUCCCCUUCUCUGAGUGCUUAAAAGAAAAAGGUUGUUUCAUGUCCAGGAAACACCCAGUGGUGCCAAUAAAAUGGCUUCUCUGUAAUAGUCCUAGAAAGGAGAUCAAAGGAGAUAAGAUCAGACUGGAGGGAGAUAACAUCAGCUGAAGGAAUGGUGCUGGGAUUAACGACAAGGAAAACAAGCACAGGUGAAUUCAGUAGGUGUGAAAGUUACUGGGCCUGUUGGGCUGGUUGGUGCUCAGUCAGCUGUGGAGAAACACACCCAGGAGAAAGCCCUGUAGGCUCCUGGAGCUCAGCUCUGCCGCUGCCACCACCGGCACCUGGAAAGCAGCAGGUACCCCUGGGCAUGAUUAACAGGUCUGGCUGAGCACAGCACCCACAGAGCCUCUGUUGGAAAAGGAACAGACCUCCCCAAGGCUGUCUGCAUGUGGAAACGACCUCCUCCGGCACAGACAAUGGGCCAGAAGGUCUCCCAGGAGGACAACCAGGAGACCAAGGCUGACACUCUGCUCAUCUGUGAAGUGUUCAGCCAGGGCAUGCUCCACGCUUCUCAGAGGCUGAAGGACUAUCUUGGUUUUGUGGAUCCUCAGAGCAAAUUCCAGCCGGCCACAAACACCCUGAGCGAGAUCUUUCUGGUGAACUUCAUCAGCUUCUGCGUGGAGAAGGGAGCGGAGGAGCUCAUCGUCACCAGCAAGAUGACCAGGCAGCAGUCCUGCCUCUUCGGGGUGGACUGGAUCUGGACUCUGUCUGGGGCUGACAAGCAGAUCAAGCUGCAGAUCGCCGUGCAGGCUCUGCAGCUGGCAGAGCUCUUUCACAAGGACGGGGAUGAGGAGGAUGAGGACGAGGAUUGGUGCCGGGAGGCCGCGCUGGCAGACGAGUGCUUCCAAAACAUGAGCCGCUUCGGGAAGCUGGCCGAGUUCUGCCGCCUGGUGGGGCGGGACUGCCUGGGCUUGUUCGUGGUGUUUGGAGUGCCAGGGAAGCCCAAGGACAUCCGAGGAGUCCUGCUGGACAGCCUCGCCAGGGAGGGGCAGAAGUGGCGCCUGUCGGGCAGGAGGGCUCUGCUGCAGUUUGUCACCGGCACCGACAGCGCCCUGGCCACCAAGGACAUGCUGUACAACUGCCUGGGCAUGAAUGGAGGGCUCAGGGAGAUGGAAAACGUCUACAUAAACUUUGUGUGAGCAGCAGGGGCUGUGUGAGGCUCAACUUUGCCUUGUCCUCUUCUCUUCUCACACACCAUUCCCCCCCACCUCCUUCCCCACCUUCCCCUGGACCCAUCGCGUUCCCCGAGCUCCUGCAGAAGCCAGGCUGAGUCAGCCUCUCCGGGUUUUAAAACAACAAGACGGGCCUGCCAGAAAAAAAAAAAAAAAAAAGUGUUUAUAGAAGGCACGUCGUUUUUCCAGAACAUUUUGUUCGCCAGACAUCCGAGCCUUGGCUGGGGCUGGGGAGAGGUUUAUCAGCCAGAUCCUUGGGGAGGUCCUGGUAGAUUUGACUCACGCCUUUGUUUGCUGUGUGGCAGAUUUUUUUCUGUACUAGGAGGGUGAGUCUGUACUAAAGAAAAUGUUCUGGUGCUGGCCAGAGUUUAGCACUGAGUGUGAAGGACGAUGCCAGGGCUCAAAAAUGCCGGGCAGGAGGAGCAGAUGGUUCCCAACUAAGAGGAAAAGCCCCUUCCAGCUCUAGAAAUUGGCUCUGUGAGAAACUUAUUAAUUACCUGCCCCCUAAUUGGUGCCAAGCUCUGGAGGGCCUUGGAGCUGGGACCGGAAAGCAGGGCUGGGCCAGCUGCAAAGUGUUUUCUCACGAGUGGCUGUGGCAGGGCAAGGUGUGGCAAAAGGCGCGGGCUGGUGUUGAGGAAAACUUGGAAAAACCCAAGCAACGGGGACAAAACCCAGGCCUGAGGUGGAUGGGAGAUUUUGCUUUUCAGAGGCAGCUCCUGACCACUCAAGCAGAGAGCAAAAAUCUGGAGGAGGCAAGAAUUCACUUGGAAUUUGCUUUCAGGAGCUGACUGCAUUUAUGGACUUGAUGUAUCAUUUCAUUUCCCUCAGCUUUUAGUGGACUGAGGCUCUUGAACUGUACAGUUGUAAUUACUUUCUUUCAGCUCCUCUUAACCAGUGAAGAAGGACCUGAUCCAUUUUCAAACAGGUAAACUCACUUUGUUCAGAGCUGUCUGGAUAGUUUGGUCAGUUCAAAACUCCUCUGCCUGUAGUUUUCUUAUAAUGCCAGUCACUUUAUUUAACAGAAUAAAAGUAAUUUCAGAAGCUCA